AGUGACAGCGGGCGCCAUUUUGUGUGGUUAACGCAAAGCUAACCGGAGAGACGGGGCAGCCGAAGCGCUGCGAGUGUUACCGGUCAGCGCAGAAGGCGCGGGCGGGAGAACAUAUAAAUAAUUAAAGAUGUGGGAUCAAGGUGGGCAGCCUUGGCAACAGUGGCCUUUGAAUCAGCAACAAUGGAUGCAGUCAUUUCAGCAUCAGCAAGAUCCAAGCCAAAUUGACUGGGCUGCAUUAGCUCAGGCAUGGAUUGCUCAGCGGGAAGCAUCGGGGCAGCAGGGUGUGGUAGAACAGCAAGGAAUGAUGCCAAAUGGCCAGGAGAUGACAGGAAUGGAACCUGGUCCAAACAACCAUGGUAAUUUUCAGAAUGAUCCAAAUUUCAACAGGAUGUGGCAGCCAGAAUGGAACAUACCCCACCAGCCGCCUCAUCCGCCUCCAGAACAGCCAUGGAUUCCUCCAGCCCCUGGAUCAAUGGAUAUUGUUCCUCCAUCUGAAGACAGUAACAGUCAGGACAGUGGGGAAUUUGCCCCUGACAACAGGCAUAUAUUUAAUCAAAAUAAUCACAACUUUGGGGGACCACCACCUGAUAACUUUGCAAUGGGGCCAGUGAACCAGUUUGACUAUCAGCAUGGGACCACUUUUGGUCCACCUCAAGGUGGGUUUCAUCCACCUUACUGGCAGCCUGGACCGCCAGGGCCCCCAGGACCUCCAGCACCUCCUGCGCCUCCUCCAAAUAGAAGGGAAAGGCCAGCAUUUAGAGAUCGCCAGCGAUCACCGAUCACAUUGCCCGUGAAACAGGAACCCCCUCAAAUUGAUGCUGUUAAACGUAGAACGCUACCUGCUUGGAUUCGUGAGGGCUUAGAGAAGAUGGAAAGGGAAAAACAGAAGAAGCUAGAAAAAGAGAGAAUGGAACAGCAGCGUUCUCAACUGUCUAAAAAGGAAAAGAAGGAAAUUACAGAACCAGGAGAAGAGGGUGGACCUCGGUUACCACAGAAAAGUAAAUUUGAUAGUGAUGAAGAAGAGGAUUUUGAUAACGUAGAGGCUGUAAGUAGUGGAAAAGUCACCAGAAGCCCAUCUCCAACUGCUCAUGAGGAGCAGAGUGAACCAGAAAUGACAGAGGAAGAAAAGGAUUAUCAGAUGAUGUUGCUGACAAAAAUGUUGCUGACAGAAAUUCUACUAGAUGUCACCAAUGAAGAAAUUUUUUAUGUGGCUAAAGAUGUCCAUCGUAAAGCAAUAAAAGCUCCUGCAAAACAGCUGGCACAGUCCAGUGCAUUGGCUUCCCUCACUGGACUUGGUGGACUGGGUGGUUAUGGAUCAGGAGACAGUGACGAUGAGAGGAGUGACAGAGCCUCUGAGUCAUCUGAUACUGAUGAUGAGGAACUACGACACAGAAUCAGGCAAAAACAAGAAGCAUUUUGGAGGAAGGAGAGAGAACAGCAACUACUGCUAGAGAAACAGCUGGAAGAAGAAAAGCUCCAAAAUGAGAGAAUUGCAAAAGAGAUGAGUGAACUUGCCAGUAAAGAGCAAGGCAGCAAUUCACCACUAGAAGAUGUGAAAGAAGCUGAGGAGGAGGAUGCAUUUGGUGAAAAGAAAAAGUCUCCAAAAGAAACAACGCCAGACAUCGAACCCAAAAAAGAGAUUAAAGAAAAAGAGAGAGCAGGAAGGAGUAGGUCAAAAAGUUCAAGUAGUGCUAGUUCAAGUAAUAAUAGCAGAAGUAGCAGCAGUAGCAGCAGUAGCAGCACAGCUAGUAGUUCAUCUUAUAGUAGUAGUUCAGGUAGCAGUCGCAGCUCUACACAUUCUUCCUCCCCCAAAAGAAAAAAAAGACGUAGUCACAGUAGGUCACCUAAAGUUAGGCGUAGCAGAAGUAGGAGCUAUUCACAUAGAAAUAGAAGAGAAAGGAGCAGGAGCAGGGGUAAAGUAAGAGAAAGACAGAGAUCUAGUAGACACAAGAGUAUAGAAAGAAGGGAGAGGAGACGAAAUCAUAGUCCUUCCCAUGACCGAAACUGGGAGAGACGUAGAAGUGAUAGUCACUCAAGAGAUAGACUUACUAGCCAUUCUACUUGUAGUGGGAGUCGAGAUAGGCAUAAAAGUGAAGAUCAGCACAGGAGCAUAAGCGGGAACAGGCACAAACAUAGUCAUGAUAGCAAAAUUCAAGAAAGAAAAAAGGAACGUAGUAGGAGCAUAGAGAAAGAUAAAAAAAAGAACAGGGAGAGGGACCGAGAUCAGGAAAAGCGCAGGGAGAAACAGAAAAAAGAAGACAAAGACAGUAAAACUGGGAAUCAUGAAGAGAGAUUAAAAAGAAAAAGAGAUAGCGAAAGAACUUUCUCUCGCAGUGAUUCCUUGUCUUCAAAAAUGUUAAGGCGUGAUUCUAGGCAGGAAAGCAAGAAAAGUUCUACCAAAGAGAGCAAAAAGCAUUCAGGUUCAGAAUCUAGCACAAGGAGCAGUUCUGAGUCACGAGGCAGCAGCAAAGAAAAGAAGCCGAAGAAAUCAAAGCAUAGUCGGUCACGGUCCAUGGAGAAAUCUCAAAGGUCUGGUAAGAAGGCAAGCCGCAAACACAAGUCUAAAUCACGAUCAAGAUCAAUGACUCCUCGUCGUAAACGCUGAGGAAUGAUAUGACACUAGUCAUAAUGAUUUAAAAAUUCCAUGAGUUUUUAAGGGCUUGUCUCAUUAUAGAGGCUCAUUAUAGAGGCUACAGUUGUGGCUAUGUAGAUGGAAGCUGACCCCUUUUUUAACGAAAAGAUCUGUAAAUAGCUGUAUUUUUUUGGAAACACUGCUCGGAGUUAAGUACUUGCUAGGAAUUCUUUGUAUUUACAUUUUUCAAAACAGUAGUGCUUACCUAAGGCUAUGAAAUUUGUCAUUCUCUUUCAGCUGUAAUGUUCUAAAUUGCUAUUGAAUGUAUUGUGAUGUCAAUAAAGUUCUUUAGUUCAUUUUUUUGUUUAAAUUCUUCUAUUUUUAUUUAUUUUAAAUAUUUAUUUGCAAGGCAUUUUUCCUUUGUAAAAUGCUUAAUAGUAGUUUAAUUUCUGGGUUUCAUCUUUGGAUAAAUCCGAGUCAAUUCUCUGAUAAAAGAGCUGUUUGGGAAAAACCCCAAAGGUUUUUGUUUUACUUUAAUGGUAUGCUUCAUCAUACUGUGUGUGAAUGAAAUGUGGAUAAUUACUGUAAGACAUACCAAGACAGCCAAACAGAAAUAGUAAGUUCAAGUAACUUAACUUACAUGAAACAAGUUUAUAGCUUUGCAACACUCUUCCUCCUAUGAUCGGAGAAGUUAAUACUGCUUUUGACUCAGUCUCUCUCUGUAAUUAUAAUUAUAACCAUAAAGGUCACUAAAAUAACCUCGUGUUAAGAAGUUUAACUAGGUUCAAUCUUACAACUUACCAACUAAGAUGAUGAUUGCAAAAUAAAAAUGCUAUUUAUAACAUCUUAGAAAAUGCUAAAGUAAGCAGUUUUUUGCUUGGUGAAAAUUCUAAAGAGAUCUUGUUGAAAGUAGCCUUAAGCAUCUUCCAUCUUCCUAUCAGAGAUGGGAACUUUCAUUUUGAUUUCUCAUUUAUUUCAAAGUUAAUGGCAUAUCUUAGUAUUUAGCUCAUAAUUGUGCAGACUAAAUUUAUAUGGUUCAGGGAAGGAGUUGAUACAAUCCUAUUGAACAUACCACAUGAAAAAAAUAGGAACUAAGAUGUCAAUAUCAUGCUAUGUACUUUGAGCAACCUUUUUCAUGUAUCGUACCUUCCAGGUGCAUAAUACCAAUAGUCCUUGCUUAAUGACUGGUUGCUAAGCGAUUGAAGUUACAGUGAAACUCCUGUUAGCUGCUUACAACCUGGUCCCGAAGUUAGAGCUGCUGCAGUGCCCCUCCAGUCAUUUGCCUUUACAAUCAAUUGCAGGGACACUGCCAGGCUCCCCCCUAUUUUAUCCCCACCAAGUCCCGGCAGGACUUGGGUCUCUUCCCCACCCUCCCCAUCAAGCACCGCAUACUUUUGAAGAUAUCCAGAGUUUUCUGCAGCUCUCUGGGCAGCCAUAUGGCAUGCUUUCAGAUGUGACUACAAUUGUUUGAGCAACCUUCUAGUUGCGUGUUUGAGUAGGUAGUUUCUUGAUUGAUGUAUUGUUUACCACUUGACAAACAAUAAACAACAGUAAACAAUCAAGGAACCACAAAGAAGAAAACAACACUCCCACAUUUGCAGAGCAUGCCACUUACAUAUAAACCAAGAGCAACCCCUCUCCUUUCUAGCACUGAUGAUGUUAUCUAGUUAGGAAAUGAAACAUCUGCAAGAAAACAACCAAGCUCAGAGCACCAACCACCACACCCCAAACCUCCAGGACAAGAAAAAUGAUAUUUCUUCCUAAACAAAUACAAACUUGAAGCACCCAGUGUAUAUUAAUUGUAGGUGAAUGUAAUACACAUUUUGCAGCAUAUUUACAGAUAGCGUUUCCUCUAUUUUAUUUCUCCCACUUUUCUACUUAGAAAAAGAAAAUAACACUCAAAAAGAAGAGUUCUGUAAUAAUGGAAAAUUAAAUGUUUGUUUCUGUAUUUAACUUGCUCCAAUAAAAGAACUACAAUACUG